CACCAAGUGACAUAGAAAGAGCCGUAUUAUCGAUAACACCUUCGAUCCUACAUUUACAUGUGCCUAUUAUUUCUCCCAGAUUUCUAAGCAAAGCUUCAUACUAAUUAGCAACUUACCUAAUUUAAUACACCAGACUUCUUUCCGAAUAGAAAUACCACUGAUAUCCUCCAGAUAUAUUGUUGUCUCUAUUUCAACCCGCUCACAUUGUCUUUUAUCGUAACAAUGGCGCCCUCCUUAGAAGAGCCCGAAGCCGUCCAGGACGUCAUCGACAACCCGCUUAAGGCGCGUCCCCAACUUGUCGCCCCUGAACCCGAGCACUGCCCAGGCCCUGAAUCUGAACAAGCCGGCAAGGCCGAUUCAUGUGCUGGCUGUCCGAACCAAGCGAUAUGCGCAUCGGCGCCCAAGGGUCCAGAUCCGGACAUACCGUUAAUUUCAGAACGGCUAUCGGGAAUCAAGCACAAGAUCCUCGUCCUAUCCGGCAAGGGUGGCGUAGGCAAAAGCACGUUCACGAGUCUCCUCGCACACGCAUUCGCAACGAACGAAGACAUGACUAUUGGUAUCAUGGACACUGAUAUCUGUGGACCCAGCAUACCCAAAAUGAUGGGCGUGGAGUCUGAGACGAUACAUAUUAGUAACACGGGUUGGUCGCCUGUCUGGGUUGCCGACAAUCUUGGCGUCAUGAGCAUACAGUUCAUGUUACCAAAUCGUGAUGACGCAAUAAUCUGGCGUGGUCCAAAGAAGAAUGGUUUAAUCAAGCAAUUCUUAAAAGAAGUAGAAUGGGGAAACAUGGACUUCUUACUCGUCGAUACACCUCCGGGGACAAGCGAUGAGCAUCUCAGCGUGAAUAGCUUUUUGAAAGAGAGCGGGAUUGACGGUGCCGUUAUGGUUACAACGCCGCAAGAAGUAGCACUUCUCGAUGUAAGAAAAGAAAUCGAUUUCUGCAGAAAAGCAGGGAUAAGAGUGCUAGGUCUAGUAGAGAACAUGAGCGGUUUUGUGUGUCCGAACUGCACACACGAGAGCCAAAUCUUUAAGGCUACUACUGGGGGUGGCGCGGCUUUGGCAAAGGAAAUGGGCAUCCCGUUCUUAGGCGAGGUACCACUUGACCCAAGGAUAGGGAUGGCAUGUGACUACGGGGAGAGCUUCUUCGACCAUUAUCCCGAUAGUCCAGCAUGUAAAGCACUCAAGGGUGUCGUUCAAGGCGUUGCUCGCGAGAUAGGCCUCGGCGCACAACAUAUAUUACCCGACGACUGAAAAAAAUUCAAGUAUCAGACAAAGAUAGCAUCUCGCUGUAAUUGGUAUAGAGAAAUCUCUAAAUAUCUGGCAAGCGGGGGCUGGCCGGGUCGGAGGUAGCCUAUUCGGUGCUCAACUUAUUGGGGAUAUCUUCUAAAUCCUCCGGGCUCUCCACAUCAAUCACCUUACCGACCUCGGCCGUAUUCCUCAAGAGCUCCUUCGCGCCGGCAUACAUCAUGCGACUCUCCGAAUUACAUGUAUUCGGUAGGUAGUAUAGGAGGACGUAGGGCACAGACAGGCGGCCGGAUGGCUGCAGCAGUAGUUAGCAAAUCUUGAGCCAUGUAAUUGCUCAGCAGCAAGGGAUAGGCGGGUAUACCAGAGUCAAGGGGUAGCUUAGAAGAAUAUAGCGCGGCGAAUUAUCAGGCAGGUCGUCGGCAAUUUCGUCGAGAGACUUGUAUACUACCUUAUCAUCAUCUUGCUUAAUCUCAUACGUCUUCUUGUCGAUGUAAUAGAUCACAGCUUGUGGCCCACUGGCUCUUGAUGUAGUUAAGCGGAAUUUGCGUAGGUGGUCUUUAGUCUCCUGAGAGAAGGUGUAGAGUCUUGCCUCGGAGCUCUGUUUAGUCUUUAGUAUGUCAAAACUUUGGAGCAAUUCGGAUCGUGGGGCAUUACCAUCUUGACGAGGUUCCGUAGUC